AAUGUGGCCGGCAGUUUGCAUUGCUCAUAGCUGGUGGACAGACGUGUUUCGCGAUUCAUAGCACAGUGUAUUUGUAUAAUAAAUAUUCGUCUCGUGUGUGUCUAAACUUACACACAUACUAAAUUUCUACAUAAAUAACGCAUAACAAUUUGGAGUUAUUGUUGUUGGUUUAUUAUCUUUGAACACUGCAUAUCAACGAACGAUCGCCUGCUAUCGUCGACUUUAGCAGUUCUAGAGUUGCAUGUAAUUAGACAGAAUUUGUACUUUACCCUCUGGCGUGGACACAGUCGAGCUGGAUUAGUGAGUCUGCUACAUUGUGACUGGACAUUUUCUUGUGGUAUUACAAGGCAGCUAAACCAUUAGUCACUGGGACUACCAUAAACAUGACGGAAGGCAAAAGAUUGAUGAAUGGCGCUAAGCGCCGUAUAAUUACAUCUCAGAAUCCAACUACCACAAGCAAGAGUCUCGUAGGCGUUAUCGAUGAGGGUACCAGCAGCGUGCAGUUCUCUCUAUAUUCGGUGCCUCACUUUAAAGAAGUGGCAAAUUAUCAAAUUGAUUUGAAAAUGAUAACACCACAGGAUGGUUGGUUUGAACAGAAUCCAUUGGAACUGAUGGACGCAGUAUAUGAGUGCUGCGAGAAGGCAUGUGCACAACUACCCGCGCUUGGUUACAGCGUCGCUGAUAUUAGCUGUAUUGGUGUUACGAACCAGCGGGAAACGACUGUUGUGUGGGAUUCACGUACUGGCCAACCGCUGUACAAUGCGCUCGUUUGGAAGGAUAUACGAAGUGAGCAGUGUGUCGAUCGUGUACUCUCCAAAUUGGAUAAUCAAGAUAAAAACCAUUUUAAACACAUUUCCGGUUUGCCCGUUUCACCUUAUUUUACCGCCUUGAAGUUGCGCUGGCUCUUCGAUAAUGUCGCCGAGGUGCGAAAGGUGUAUCGUGAGGGAUAUUGUAAGGUUGGCACAAUCGAUACUUGGAUUGUGUGGAAUCUCACAAAAGGCGCAUUGCACAUCACUGAUGUCACAAAUGCCUCGCGCACACUCCUCAUGGACAUCGAAACCUUGCAUUGGCAUCCACAGUUGUUGCGCACAUUCAAAAUAGACCGGAGUAUAUUGCCUGAAAUACGCAGUAGUUCAGAAAUCUACGGACCCAUCACCAGUGAACGCUGUGUACUCACCGAUGUGCCAAUUAGUGGCAUUCUUGGCAAUCAGCACGCCUCACUGUUGGGACAAAUGUGUGUCAAGCCCGGUCAAGCGAAAAACACUUACCGUUCGGGCUGCUUUCUGCUCUGUAAUAUUGGCGAGCGAGCAGUUAUUUCAGCGCAUGGUCUUAUCACUACGGUCGCUUAUAAGCUGGGACCGAAUAAACCAGCCAUUUAUGCACUGGAGGGUUCUGUGGCUGUAGGUGGUCACGCUUUACGUUGGCUAGAGAAUCGUUUGCGGCUAUUGAAAGACUUCUCACAGGCGGAAAAAUGUGCCGAGGAGGUGGCGACAACGGGCGAUGUAUAUUUUGUGCCUGCCUUUACGGGUCUCUAUGCACCCUAUUGGCGUAAAGAAGCGCGUGGCUUAAUCAUUGGCCUGACACAAUAUUCCACUAAGCAUCACAUAGUGCGUGCCGCCUUGGAGGCGAUCUGUUUCCAAACACGCGACAUCCUGGAGUGCAUGCAUCAGGAGAGCGGAUUCCAGCUGAAUAAAUUGCAUGCCGACGGCUCGAUUAGUAUGAAUAAUUUACUAAUGCAACUGCAGGCCGACACUGCCGGAUUAACGGUUUUCCGUUCGCAAUUGACUGACACUACUACCUUUGGAGCAGCGCUGUGUGCAGCUCAGGCGGAGGGUAUAGAUUUGUUCAACUUUAAUCCGGAUGAGUUACAGUACGAGGUUGUGGACUAUGACACUUUCCUACCCACGAGCACGGACGUCGAACGUCAUCAUCGCUACGGCAAGUGGAAACGCGCAGUGGAGCGCAGCAUGGGUUGGGCAAUUAAGAAGCCUGCGCGCAAAAUAACCGAUGAGACGUACAAGUUGCUGUCAUCCAUACCGCCGGCUAUAUUUGUUAUGACCACCUUUGCUAUGAUGAUACACGCGACAGCAAGUAAAUAGUUGCUACAGCGAACUAA